GGGACGUCAGCUAUCGAGGACGGUGAACUUCCAGGCACUGCCAGCGCAGGGAAAGCCAGAGGGCCGCGGCUCUUCUGCUUGCCCGUGUCAAGCCUGCGUCAGGAUGUCAGGAGCCGCCAAGGAGAGUCUGGGGCCCCGGGGGCUGCCGGUGUUGGGCAAGGCCUGCUUAACCGCCAUGGACAAAAAGCUUAACGUGCUGAACGAGAAGGUUGACAGACUCUUGCGUUUCCAAGAAGACGUCACAGAGAAACUGCAGGGCAUGUGCCAAGGCAUGGCCCACCUGGAGCAAGGCCUGCACCGGCUGGAGGCCUCCCGAGCGCUGGGCCCGGCGGGGGCCAACGGUGCCCCUUCGGCUGAUGCUCAGGCCGGGUGGCCGGAGGUCCUGGAGCUGGUGAGGGCCGUGCGGCAGGACGCCGCCCAGCACAGCGCCAGGCUCGAAGCCCUCUUCAGGAUGGUGGUGGCUGUGGACAGGGCCAUCGCUUUGGUGGGGGCCACGUUCCAGAACUCAAAGGUGGUGGAUUUCGUCAUGCAAGGGAGUGUCCCCUGCAGGAAAGGCAGCCUGGCUGAUGGCCCCGAAGAGAACAAACAGCAAGCAGAAGAGAAGGGAGCAAAACCCAAGCACGCGCUGAGCACCAGGGGUGUGCGAGCUGGUAUCAGGGGGCCGUGGGAAGAGAGCCAGAAGGUGGACCUGCCAGAGGGGACAGUGGCGAAGCUGCCCCUGGUCAGCGCUUCAUGGAUGGGAGCUGACCACCUCAUCCCAGAAGAGGCCUCACCAGGGCAGGGCGAUGGCCUUCCUGGCCCAGGCCAGGUGCCUCCUGGCCACCUGCUGCUCCCCACAGAGGUGGGGGCCAAAGCUCCUGAGACUUCCAGCGAACGCCCUGGGAUUGGCCCAGAAUUGUCUGUGGCACCUGACAGGGUUGGUGAGGUACCCACCAGCCAAGAGGUUCCACGAAGUACUGGACAAGGAGCGUCUUCCGGCAGGCCUGACCCUAGGCCCUCCGAGGAGGGCAUGAGCCUGGCUUCAGGGCCCAGCCCCCAACUCCGGGGGCCUCCGGGGCUGCCAGGCCAGGCCAGGGCAGCUCACAGUGACGGAGAAACUCCGCCAAGGACCUCCAUCUAUGUGCAAGAGACGGACACUCCUGGGGGGCUGCUUGUGACACGAGGUGGCAAUCUCAGACCCACAGAGGCUCCAGCAGCUGCCCAUCCAGGUGAGCAGAACCCACGUGGACCCAGGUGCUGCCUGCGAGCUCCCGGGACUGAGUCAGGAGAACAGACGCCCCAGGGAGCCGGAGCGUGCUCCCCGCAGCAGGAGAGGAGCAGCCGUGGGGGAGCAGAGGCGGAGGGGAUGCGGGAGCCUGGGGCCGAGCCCGCCGUGGGACCGAGUUUGGCCAGGAGGGACAAAGAAGACGAAGCUGCCGGAGGCCCGGGCCUGCAGCAGGACAAAGGCCCAGGGGCAAGACACCCUGAGCCCAGGAAGGACUGUGCAGCGGAGGGCCCAGGGGCGGCUGAAGCAGGAAGGAGGUGGCCCGCGGGUGCCGAGGCUGGCAGCGCGGUUCUGGAUGACAGUCUGGCCCCACCAGCCCCUUUCGAACACCGGGUGGUGAGUGUCAAGGAGACCUCGAUGCCAGCGGGCUACGCAGUGUGCCAGCACGAAGUCUUGGGAGGGGGCCGCUUCGGCCAGGUCCACAGGUGCACAGAGACGUCCACAGGCCUCCCCCUGGCAGCCAAGAUCAUCAAAGUGAAGAGCGCCAAGGACCGGGAGGACGUGAAGAACGAGAUCAAUAUCAUGAACCAGCUCGGACACGUGAACCUGAUCCAGCUCUAUGACGCCUUCGAGAGCAAAAGCAGCUUCACCCUCAUCAUGGAGUACGUGGACGGGGGCGAACUCUUCGAGCGGAUCACGGAUGACAAGUACCACCUGACUGAGCUGGACGUGGUCCUGUUCACCAGGCAGAUCUGCGAGGGAGUGCGCUACCUGCACCAGCAGUACGUCUUGCACCUGGACCUCAAGCCGGAGAACAUACUGUGCGUCAGUCAGACAGGACACCACGUUAAGAUCAUUGACUUUGGGCUGGCCAGAAGGUACAAGCCUCGGGAAAAGCUGAAGGUAAACUUCGGCACUCCUGAGUUCCUGGCUCCAGAAGUCGUCAACUAUGAGUUUGUCUCGUUCCCCACGGACAUGUGGAGUGUGGGAGUCAUCACCUACAUGCUACUCAGUGGCUUGUCCCCAUUUCUAGGGGAAACAGAUGCAGAGACCAUGAAUUUCAUUGUGAACUGCAGCUGGGAUUUCGACGCUGACACCUUUGAAGGGCUGUCGGAGGAGGCCAAGGACUUUGUUUCCAGGUUGCUGAUCAAAGAGAAGAGCUGCAGAAUGAGUGCCACGCAGUGCCUGAAACAUGAGUGGCUGAAUAAUUUGCCUGCCAAAGCUUCAAGAUCCAAAGUUGGUCUCAAAUCCCAGCUAUUGCUGCAGAAAUACAUGGCUCAGAGAAAAUGGAAGAAACAUUUCUACGUAGUGACUGCUGCCAACAGGUUAAGGAAAUUUCCAACUUGUCCCUAAUCUUCAACUCUGCUGUUCCGAUGGGCCCAUAAAUUAUUGAAGCCAAUGGUGAAGUGAAGAGAUGACUCAAGAUUUUAAAUAAUCUGGCCUUUUACUUUUAUUGAUUCCACUUAUUUUGUAAAAAAAAGGUUACGGCUGCUGCCUUUCUUGUGGAUGAAAAGUGGCUCUAAAGAAAGCAUCCUAAGAACUUUUUUCUGCCUUGUAAGAUCACUGAGUUUGAAAUGCUGUGUUUCCUUUCUUUUCAAGUAACCUACUUUUGGUGGUAAGUGUAGGCAUGCUUUGGGUAGGUGGGAAAGCUCCUACUUUGCAUAUGUCAAAUUUAUAUUCUAAACUUACUCUGAUUAAAGAACUCAGUAGACUAUUUUGCAGAGGCAUGUUACUCAGUACUAUCUCCUCCAGUACAAGGAAUUCCUAGAAUUUUGAUUUGCUCGGGUGUGAGCUGACAUUUUACUACCCUACUCUAGUGUCAAGCAACGUGGAUCGAAGACAGUGAUCCUCCAACUUGUUUUAACGUAUGCUCCCCUUUGAGAAUCAACAUCAUUGUUUGAAAUUUCAAAAUAGAUCAACUGUCAUGUCAAAUCAGAGCAAUGAGCAUUUUGAAUGUGCUUGUUAAAUCUAUACACACCUCCAUCCUCUCUCCUAAUUCUGCCCUGUCCUGAGCCCUCUUUCUUGGUUAUGAAUUUCUGUUUCUGGUCUUAUAAUUUGGAAAGCAAUAUGCAAUGUAUGAAAGAGAGAAGAAUAUAAGGGUGUUCAGCUUUCUGAGAGAGACACCUCAGUGAUACCUCAUGAGACAAUAAAGGAAAACUGUUCCCCUGCUACUUUAGAUAUACCACUUUUAAUAUUGUCAUUCUUUAAAUGUACACUUCUUAUAUACAUGUAAACCUGACUCUUGAACAACACGGGUUCAACUGCACAGAGUUUCUUCCACCUCUGUCAUCCCUGAGACAGCAAGCCCAACCUCUCCUCUUCCUCUUCCUCCUCAGCCUACUCAACACGAAGAUGAUGAGAAUGA